GAAUGGGAAAAAGGAGUGGUGAUUAUCGAACAAAAUUAAAGAGAGAGAGGAGAGAGGCAUUAGUUUCUUCGCCACCGUCCUUUCCCUAUUUUCUCUCUCUUUCUUUCUCCACUCUCUCCCUCUCUCUCCCGAAAGAAUUUUUUUUUCGAAAGACAAGAGGCUCUGAAACUCGAAAUCUAGGGUUUCAAUUUCCGUAUCAUACAUUUCUGGUUCGUGUUUUGUUCACGGGUUGAUUCCGAUUGAGAGAAAGGGUAGGAAGAGUAGAAAAAAGAUUGAAAAGUUCGAUCGACAAGGGAUCUGGAUCUGUUGUUUAAAAGGAAGGAGGAAGAGAGAAAAUGAGCUUGGAUUCAGUUCCUUCGAGCACUCAUGGAAGCCUCGACGAGCAGAUUAAUCAGCUUAUGCAGUGCAAGCCAUUAUCUGAGCAAGAGGUGCGGGGGUUAUGUGAGAAGGCUAAGGAAAUUCUUAUGGAAGAAAGCAAUGUCCAGCCGGUCAAAAGCCCUGUUACAAUCUGUGGCGAUAUUCAUGGGCAAUUCCAUGAUCUUGCAGAGCUUUUUCGCAUCGGAGGAAAGUGCCCAGAUACAAAUUACCUGUUCAUGGGAGAUUACGUGGAUCGUGGGUACUACUCUGUUGAAACUGUGACCGUAAGAAAUAUUCUGAUCCUCGAUAUGAUCUUGGUUUUGAUUUCUUGCUUUUGAAUGAUAAUCUGGAACAACUCGUGAUUCUCUGUGCCUCUUUACAAUGAUACUUGUCAAAUGAUGUCUUUAUAGGUUCUUCACUGAGGCUAUUUCUUCUUUCUGUUUGAUGUUUUCGAAUUCCAUGUUGACUCCAUUGAAUUUUCAGCUGCUGGUGGCCUUGAAAGUGCGUUAUUCCCAAAGGAUUACCAUUCUGAGGGGAAAUCACGAGAGUCGUCAGAUUACUCAAGUUUAUGGAUUCUAUGACGAGUGCCUGAGGAAGUAUGGAAACGCAAAUGUGUGGAAGAUAUUUACAGAUCUUUUUGACUAUUUUCCACUGACAGCAUUGGUGGAGUCAGAGAUUUUUUGUCUUCAUGGUGGAUUGUCUCCUUCCAUUGAAACCCUCGACAAUAUCCGCAACUUUGAUCGUGUCCAAGAAGUCCCACAUGAGGGUCCCAUGUGUGACCUUUUGUGGUCUGAUCCCGAUGACCGAUGUGGGUGGGGUAUUUCACCGAGAGGUGCUGGAUAUACCUUUGGUCAGGACAUCUCUGAGCAAUUCAACCAUACUAACAACUUAAAGCUGAUUGCAAGAGCUCAUCAGCUUGUCAUGGAAGGCUAUAACUGGGGUCAUGACCAAAAGGUGGUCACUAUAUUUAGUGCACCUAAUUAUUGCUACCGUUGUGGAAACAUGGCAUCUAUUUUGGAAGUCGAUGAUUGCAAGGGUCACACGUUCAUCCAGUUUGAGCCAGCUCCACGGAGGGGAGAACCCGAUGUAACCAGGAGAACACCUGAUUACUUCCUAUAAGCUAAAACCUCUAAGCAUUGAGCUGCUGUGGAUCCUGUGGCCGGUGCCUACUACUUCCUGCGUUUUCUUGUUCCGAGAGGCAUCUUUUGUUUAUCUUAAGAAGACUAAGACGGACGAACUUUCACUUCGACGGUAUAGGGUAAAAGGUGGAGAAAAUGCAGCUAUUUAGAUAAGGGGAGAAAGGUGGGGUUUUGAGCUUUAGCGAGGUAGGGUUUCCUUGAAUGUGAUUGUCAAAAGCAAUUAUGGGGUUUUGGUUCAAGUGUACUCUCAACAGGAAGAAGGCAAAAGCAGUGGAGUUGGGCAAAUGAUGCAUGCAGUAUAUGUAACAUUUUCAGGGCAAGACAGUGGGGGAUCUUUUUUUUCUUCUUUCUUUCUUGUUUUUAUUCCUUGAUUUUUGUUCUUUCUUCACUUAAUUUUUACUUUUCGUUUUACUAUUUUUGUCCCCUCUUUUAAUUUUCAAUUUCUUUUCUUUCUUUCCUUUCUGUAGAAGGAUUCUUAUUUUGGGGAGAACCGUGGGGAGUUAUGUAGAGGACCGAUCAAUCAGAUAACUGGUUAAUGGGGUGCUUUCUCGUGAGUACUUUUCAGUCAUUGUUCCUGUUGUUAAGCUGUUGGCUUAUUGACCUGAUCGAGUUUUCUGCUGUAGGAACUUGCUUUACAUAUGGUAUAUGGUUGUCUGUUAGGCCCUGCUGUUCCUCAAAUCGGGUUUCCUCGAUUAAGUUUGUUUUUGGUUGGUUCUCCAUUAGGCGUUGUACUGGUUUCGUUGUGACAGAUUAUGGUGAUAUCAAAGAGAUUUAUC